AUGCAUAUUGCACGACGGCCUAGACCGUAAGCUUUACUCAAAGGAGAACAUGGGUGGGGGUUCCUUCAGAUGUUUCAUAUCCCAAGCCAAUGAACACCUCGUCGAAUUGGUUAUGUUUUGGGUCGAGCCUACACCGAGUGGAGUGGAGAUGACCGGCUUAGGGAAAGAAUUGGAAGGUUGGCCGAAUGUUCCGCGUCAGACCAAUGCCGUGGUAGCAGAACUGGUUGGUCAGAGAGCUUCCCUGCGUUCAUGUAGGUGAAAAUGGGGAGGGGGUUUGGACUACUGACCGUUAUGCGUUUGUAUGUAUGUAUGUAUUCGGGGAUGAGCCGUGCGGGUAGCUGCAUUGGUGGCAUUUCUUUUUCUUUAGGAUGGGAAAUUCCUCUCGGUUUUUUAAAUGUGAGUGAUGACCUGUCGGGAUCGACGCCGGUGACGAAACCGCCUUCUAGUGUAGAUCUUAAACCCUACAGGGGGGCGCGGCUGCAGGUCCAGCUGUUCGAGUUCAGCUUCUCAGCUCCUGCGGAACAUUCGCUGAUACGACGUCAAGACUCCCUCAGCCUCUUCUUUCCAAUAGUCUGGGAUGGGGUAGCACUGGGUUUGCAACAGCCCAGCCCUACAUGGAUACCCUUUGGCUCCUCUAGCGUCUUAGGACUUAGAAGGUGGCCUCAGAGUCGUCGGGCCCAACUAUCUGGUAGGAUACGAUGGAUGACAAUGUCGAAGUCGGUUGAUGAGACAUGACCAGGGGGGUCCUUGGAUGUCGUACAAAUAUAUUCAAGCCCCUAGACCCGAACCCCUUCAAUGUCUUUAGAAAUGAGUACAUAGUAAUAAACAAGCUGCUUGUUUGCUGAGAUUGUUUCAGUGUUUCAGCGCUUCAGCUGCAAACACCACAAGGGCCCAUCCGUGCCUCUUUCUGUGCUACGCGAUUG